ACCGAAGGCGGUGCUGGCAACCGCGAGAGCGGGCAGCACGAUCCUCAUCAUGGGAGACAUUGUUGUCGACGUGAAGCAAGUCGGUAACUGUAGCAGCGGAGUCAGAGACGCGUCCCGGCCUCAAUUGGGUGCCGUGUGUGCCAAGGCAGGGUGGUACGAACCUGGGAUAUUAAGACUGCUCACGAGCUGGGACGAGAUAAGUUGUUGAUGGAUCGAACAAUGCUACAGAGCGAAUGUGAAGAAGGAGAAAAACGAGGGAAGAAAUAGGGCUCACGAGCCAAACAACGCCAACAGUCUUGGAAGGCGAGGCUGCGUGAGAACGAAAGUGGGUUGGGAAGAGUUUGGAGAUGGGAAGGGUUAAGGGAGAGCCGGCGAUAGAAAAGGAGGAAGGAGUGGCCGGGGCCGCACCUGCCACACCAGACCGACAAAGACGCGCUAGCCGAAUAGGGCAAGGCCUUGGAAUCAGUGAUAUCGCUCGCGCCAGUGCACACCCGGACACGCCAACGCAGCGCGAUGAUGAUGCUAGUGGCCACCGACCGACGGUGAAUCCAGCUCCCAGCGAGUCACGCCUGAGAAGGGCCGCCGAUGGGUAUCUCUUUGCUGCGUCCUCCCGUGCUGCAGCAUCCUCCAUCAUCAUGUCUCGGCUGAAUCGUCUCAACGUCUCCAAGGCUGGCUUGUCUUCGGAUGGCGUUCUCGGGCACGCCACAGUUGACGCCGCCGCCAGACGACUGGCCAAUUUCCGCCGCCUUUAUUUGCUCUUCUUCGCCUCGCCAUCUCGCCACAAAGAGGCGCGCUCUUACCUGGUACUGCUCGACAGAAAUGCAUCGGACUCUCCGCUUUGCUGCACAAUUAAGCAGGACACCUGUGCCUUGCUCCAGAGUCUCAGGAGCUCUCACGGGGUCUCAGAAUCUCAAAUGCACGCCGCGCAAUCCCCCCACAAGCUCUUCUGACAAGCGUCGCAAGC